AUGAGAGAUUCAGCUGGGUUCAAGGAAGAAAACACCCCACAGAUGGCGCUGGUCUCCAUCCGGACAACAGAAGAGAAACAGGUUGCAUGGGAACACGUGACCUUCACAUCGCGAAUCAAUAGCGAAUUAACAACCGAGGCACUGUGUGAUAACUUUGUUACCAGCUUCAUCGGACUGCUCGCAAAUAGGGCCUGUGAAUCAUCGGGAAAUAUACUCAUUUGCAAAUCAAUUUGGUUUUCGCGAGAGACUCAACUGAAUCUCUCAUUUAUGAUAUUCUACAACUGA